UUAAUUGUUAAGCAUCAAGGUUGCUUCGACUUGAAGUUGAAGGGAAAGCGAAAUUGAAAAAAGAACCAGAAACUAAGAGAGCUUGGAAGAAGUUUCCCGUAGCGAAAAUAAUGGAAGAAGAGCAGCCACUCAAAAUCUACUUCAUCCCCUUCCUGGCCGCCGGUCACAUGAUCCCUCACUGCGACAUAGCAAGACUCUUUGCCUCACGUGGACAUCACGUGACCAUCAUCACCACCCCUGCCAACUCCCAAAUCAUCCGCAAUUCCAUUCCUCACCACCCCAACUUCGCCGUCCACACCGUCCACUUCCCUUCCCAAGAGGUAGGCCUUCCCGACGGCCUUGAGAGCCUCUCCACCGUAACCGACAUGGUCAACCUCUACAAGGUCUACCAAGCCACCACCAUGCUCCGCGACCCUAUUGAGGACUUCGUGGGGAACCACCCACCGGAUUGCAUCGUCGGCGACUUCAUGUUCCCGUGGGUGGACGACUUGGCUAACAAGCUUCGCAUCCCAAGGUUUGCCUUCAAUGGCUUCUGCCUCUUUACCCUCUGCGCCAUUGAAUCACUGAAAGCUCAUCCUAUUCCUCUCGAUGCUUCUCCACCGUUUCUCCUCCACGGUCUUCCUCACCCUGUCACUCUAAAAACAGCGCCGCCAACGAACAUAAAAGAGGUGUUGGAUGCGAUGAUAGAGAUAGAGCUCAGAAGCAAUGGACUAAUAGUCAACAACUUCGCAGAGCUCGACGGAGAAGAGUACAUCCAGUACUACGAGAGAACAACGGGACACAAGGCAUGGCAUCUUGGACCUGCGUGUCUUCUUCACAGAACCGUUGAAGAAAAAGCGCAGAGAGGACAGAAGAGCGUGUUGAGCGCUCACAAGUGUAUGAGCUGGCUCGAUUCCAAGAAACAAAAUUCGGUGGUUUACAUAUGCUUUGGGAGUCUCUGCUACUUCCCGGAUAACCAGCUUUACGAGAUAGCAUGCGCGGUGGAAGCAUCGGGUUGCGAGUUCGUGUGGGUGGUGCCGGAGAAGAAGGGAAAGGAGAAUGAGGAAGAGGAAGAGAAACAGAAGUGGCUGCCAAAGGGGUUUGAGGAAAGGAAUUCAAAGAAGGGAAUGAUUAUAAGAGGGUGGGCCCCGCAGGUUCUGAUAUUGGAACACCCUGCUGUAGGAGCGUUUGUUACCCAUUGUGGGUGGAAUUCCACCGUGGAAGCCGUUAGUGCUGGGGUGCCAAUGAUAACGUGGCCGGUGCAUGGUGAACAAUUCUAUAAUGAGAAGCUGGUAAGUGAUGUGCGUGGAAUCGGCGUGGAGGUUGGGGCGGAUGAGUGGGGGACUGUUGGGUUUGGGGAGAGAGAGAAGUUGGUUGGAAGAGAAGACAUUGAGAGGGCCCUCAGGAGGUUGAUGGACGGUGGCGAUGAAGCUCAAGAAAUCAGAGGGCGCACAAAGGAGUUUGGGAAGAAGGCUCGAGUUGCCGUUCAAGAAGGUGGAUCGUCUUACAAUAAUUUGACGGCUCUGAUUGAUGAACUUAAACGGUUGAGAUGCUGUAAGACAACACCUUAAUUAUUGUGUGCCAAAUUUUCAUUAUUAAUAGGACCACACAUCACAUUAAGAUGCAAAAUCCAAUAUGUGCUCUGUCACGUUGGAUUGUUGUAUGGCUAGUCAAGAAGCAACUAGCAAGUGGAUUCCAUGCAGAUCUUUCCUUUUCCUGCUUAUAAUGUUAGUACUUAGUAGAGUCGAAGAAAGGAUAUUGACCAACUAAAAUCAAAACAAGUCUUCCUUGGUCUAUUUGGAUCAAAAGGUUUGGAGUAAUAUAGUGAUAUUAUUAUGUUAGUGUAUUAUUUCUUGAUUAAAACAUUUUUUUA